AGCAUUACAAUCAAUUCUUGCCAUUUUUUUGCCUCCCCGAUGAGUCAUUAACAAUAUCUCUUAUCGUAUUUUCUGGCAAAUAACAGAUGAAAUAUUAAAGAGGUGAACUUGUGAAACAACUGCCUUUCAAUUAACAACGUUAACUUGUCGACUGACGAUGCCCACCUCUAUUAUAAAGAACAUCGUCUUUCGUAGUUGAUGUAGAGAAUCAGGAAAGAGAAUCAAAUGUAGAGCAACGGUUGUACCGUUUCCUCUAGAUCUGCAAUCUCCAUGGUCUAAAAUCAAUAUCGUCACAUGAGUGAAGACCUGUGAAUCAAACAACACUUGCUAUAACGAGACUCUCCACCUUUGCGUUUUUCAAAAAUAGCUAUUGAAACGAACACAAUGUUCUCACCAGACGUGAUAAAAAUAUGCUCAGGAAUCGCCCAAUCAUUGAGCGAGUAUUUGAGCAGAAUGUAUCACCUUGCCCGGCUCAGAUUUGUGCCCAAGACGCCAUUCCAGCCUUUAAGCAAGAGGCAAAACUCUGGGUUCAAAAUGGUGCGAAAGGGCAUCGACUACGACCAAAUCCUCACGGAGAUCGGAGAAUUUGGCCCUCGCCAACGAUGGUUGUUCAUGUUGAUGUGGCUGCCUUCAGCCGCGAGUGCCAUGGCCGUGUUCAUGUACGAGUUCAUCGCCUUCACUCCCAAGUAUCGAUGUCUGGUUCCCAGUUGUGAAGUCGCCGAUCCAUCCGACUACGGGUCUCUCUUUGUGAACUUUUCCAUUCCGUUUGACGCCACAUCCGGUGAUUGGAGCACUUGCCAAAGAUUUAGGGCAUUGGCAAAUGAUAACGUCUCUUGCUUCGAUUCGAAUUUUAACCAUCAAAUUGAGGAGGACUGUCAAGAUGGAUUUGUUUACGACAGUUCGGUCAUUUCUUCCUCGGCAACCAUGGACUUGGGAAUGGUCUGUACAAAUGAUUGGAAGAAAUCGUUGGCACAGAGUAUUUACAUGCUGGGGAUGCUUAUUGGAAGCUUCGCCUUUGGGUACCUCAGCGAUUCAAUAGGCCGUCGCAGCACCCUUCUGAUCACAACUGUGGUUUUAACUGUGGGGGGCGUGGUGAGCGCCUUCACUCCCGCUGCUACCGUCUACUUCCCAGUCUUUGCCGUCUGCCGCUUCAUAUCUGGCCUUGGUCACGUGGGCGUGUUCAUGAUGGCCUUUACGUUAAGCUUGGAGUACACUGGCUCAAAAUGGAGGGUCUUCUGUGGAUGCCUUAUUGAAACGCCGUUUGCCGUAGGUGGCCUCAUUGUUGGCUUCUUAGCAUGGGGCGGUGUCAGAGAUUGGAGAAGCCUGCAGCUUAUUUGCACAGCACCUUGGAUCCUGAUGUUAUCAUUCUAUUGGUUGGUCCCCGAAUCUCCAAGAUGGUUAUUGGCCAAAGGCCGAUUGGUUCCCUUGGAAAAGGAGAUUGAGACCACUGCCAAAUGGAACAAGCGCAACUUCCCCACCUAUAUUUUUACCCAAAUGACUCACAACGACUUCACUGCAAGCAAUCAAGAAAAACAAGAUCAGGCCUCCUUCUUGGAUUUGUUUCGACCAUGGCCUAUUUGCCUCAGAACUUUGAACAUGUUUUACAACUGGCUCGUGACUACCCUUUGCUAUUACGGCUUGACCAUGACAGCUUCUACGUUGAGCACGAAUAUAUUCCUUAACUACACUCUGGUCAUCCUGGUUGAGAUCCCCGCCCAUUUCUUCUGCAUCUACGUCAUGAACGUAUGGGGUCGCAAACCCAUCCUCUGCUUCUGCCAAAUCCUCUCUGGGGUUGCUUGCAUUGCAGCUGGAUUUUUGGGCUCUUCUCCAUGGCUUCAAGUUACUUUGUCAUUAAUUGGCAAAUUUGGAGCAACGGCUUGCUUUACCAUCGUAUUUGUUUACACAGCUGAGAUGUUUCCCACCGAAAUCAGAAGCACGGCAGUGGGUUCAAGUUCCACUUGUGCCAGAAUCGGUGGAAUUCUGGCACCUCAGGUGGCAUAUUUAGGCUCGCUUUGGGCUCCGUUGCCCUUUAUCGUCAUGGGUGGGUCCGCAUUUGUUGGCGGUGUGAUUGCUUUAAUCAACUUACCUGAAACCUUGGGCAAACGGUUGCCGGAAACCAUGACUGAAGCAUUGGACUUGAACAAGCCUCAAACCAAGGCCAUGAUGUGCAAUCUGCCUGGCGACGACUGAUUCUCCCAAUUUGCAUACUCAAGCCAGCUUACUAUGCCUCUAGAGCUUCUGGAACACACAUAAUCUUUAUUCAUAGUCAGACCGGACCUGCGCUCGUUUCCGUUUGUCCUGUUUCAUGCUGUAACCUUGGCCCAGGUUUGGUGCUGGAAAAUCUCCUCAAAAUUGGGAUCGCCUUCAAAUAAACAGCCUGUGAGAGCUUGUCGUCAAA